AUGACCAGCACUUCGAAUCAUCAUGCAUUUGUCGCUGCUGGUGCAGCGCCUCUAAUGUCCCAGCAUCCUGCAUUCCGCGGUCAGCAGCUAUCACACGAGAAUCCUUUCGUGCCAGUCCCACCUCCUCCGAGAAGAUCCACCCCCAAUUCUCGCGCAGGCUUGACCGAUGGCAUGGUUCCUGGCGGCGAUCCGUUCCUCGAAAAAGAAAUUCGUGGGAGUGGCAGACCAAGCACUUCCAGAAGCCGCGAUAGCUCAAAUCAAAGACUGGGUGCUCUUGCCGCUGGCGUUGCAGGGGCUGCUGUUGGUGCUGGGCUCAUACAUCAUCACAACCGCAAACAACAAGAUGACGAGAAGACGCUCGUAACAGAGGAACCGUCCCAUCCAGCUACAGAACCCCAGUUUGAGCCUAACCCAGUACCUCAAUCGAAGAUCACCAGGAAACCUGUUCCUAUCAACAGUAUCAAUAACAGCGACCUCUCGUGGCCAUAUUCUCCCGUAUCGCCCAUCGAUCCGGCUGCUGAGUCGGCUGCUUUGGCCGAGUUCCCUACUCGAAGCAGCCAGGAGUCACUCCGGAGUUUCAGCCGUGAUGCUGCAAGAGCAAACGCUGCCUUUGACCGAGAAUAUUCUCCUCAAACCGGCCUGCUACAUAAAUCUGAUUUGGAGACUUCUCAGGCCGACAGCCAUGGACAUGGACAAGCUCUGGCGACGGCAGCAGCUGGGCUUGCUGUAGGUGGUAUUGGUGGAGCAGCAUUGGUUCGUCAUCACGACAACCAGCGACGUUCGCGAAGCAGUAGCAGCGGCAGUGGAAAUCGUUGUGGUUUUGGACCUCAUAGUCACAGUGAAUCGCCUCAUCGACUAUCAGACCCUUUCCAAAGAGAUGAAUCAACUCCACUAAGCUCAACCGACAACAGCAGCAACAAUAUCUAUGCCUACAGCGACGCGCUACCAACACAACCUAGCUAUGGUUACACAGCAGGCCAAGCGGAAGAACCCAUACUCUCACAGCAAGUUGCUCCCCCUGCUCCUCCUGCUGCCGCUGCCGCUGCCGCUGCCCAACCUCAACCAUACUCCCAAACUGACCCAUACGGUAUCCCGCCUGUCCCCGUGACAGGGAGCCGACGCAAAAGCACCCUUGGGACGGCAGCCCCAGGCGCAGCAGCGUUCAGCUACAUCAACAGACCUGCAAUUCCCAGCCCGCUAUCCAGCGAGGUCAGGCACGACUAUCGUUCAGACCCACCCCCACGCAUGCCCAGUCGCAGUCCACGACGAAGCAGCCGCGGCGCUAGUGGCGGCAUCAGGCGUGCAUCACAGGACUCAACACCCUACGACGAUGUCUACUCCUCCAACCCAGGGAUGGUCAGCAACCGCAACGACGACUACCAAUACCAUCCCCAAUACUCCGAGCCGCAAGACCUACACGAUAGCGUUCUCAGCAGGAGCGACAAAGCCAUUGUUGGCGACAACGGGUACCCGCACAUGGGUAUCCCACGGCGAAAGUCGGGCGGAGAGUACGAUUUCGAAUCGAGUGGGCCGUUUGGGCCACAGACGCUGCCUGGGAGUGCACCGAACGACGAUGCUGGGACACGCUCGUCGACUCUCAAAAGCGACGAUAGCACGUGGCGCCUGAGCAGCGGAAUGCCUGGUGGUUGGUGCCGUGCCAGUGGAGAGCACUCGCGGCUAAGCGGUGAGCAGUCGACGUGCAUCCCCGGCCGUCUGAGGGCCGGUGGAGGUGGAGGUGGAUGGCAUCGGUAUUAUGAAGGUGUUGGCCAGGCGCUCUGA